AUGGUUUACGUCUGGACGGAGACGUACGAUGAGGCCACCAUCGGGUUCAUGGUGGUCGCUGCUGCUCUUGUGUUUUUCAUGGUCCCUGGGCUAGGGUUUCUGUACUCCGGGUUGGCGAGGAGGAAGUCUGCGCUGUCGCUCAUAUGGGUGGUCCUCAUGGCCACGCUCGUGGCCAUGUUGCAGUGGUACUUCUGGGGCUACUCGCUGGCGUUCUCGAAGACAGCCCCAAAUAACAAGUUUAUAGGAGAUUUGACCUCGUUUGGGUUUAGGAACGUCUACGGGAAGGUCAGUGAGGACGAUAAGUACCCUGAAGUCGCCUUUGCAGGGUUCCAAAUGAUGUUUAUGUGUGUUACAAUGAGUAUUGUCUCGGGGGCCACUGCAGAACGUGGGAAAUUGCUCCCGCACAUGAUAUUCAUCUUCAUAUUUGCCACGAUCGUGUACUGUCCGAUCUGUUACUGGAUUUGGUCCUCCGGUGGGUGGUGUAACCAGUGGGGGGUGCUAGACUGGGCAGGCGGGUUCCUAGAGAUCGUUAGUGCUGUCGGCGGGUUCGUUUACUCCUAUUUUCUGGGGCGCAGGAGGGAAAACCUACUGAUUAACUUCCGUCCACAUAACGUGUCGAUGGUCACUCUGGGCACGGGGAUUCUGUGGUUUGGGUGGUUGCUGUUCAACGCUGGAUCCUCUCUUUCCCCCAAUCUGCGGUCCGCUUACGCUUUCUUCAACACAAAUAUCAGCGCAGUCACAGGGGGGAUGACUUGGUGUAUUCUCGACUUCAGGUCCGAACGCAAAUGGUCCACCGUCGGGCUAUGUUCAGGGAUCAUCUGUGGUCUUGUGGCGGCAACGCCGUCCUCCGGGUGCAUCACACUCUACGGGUCCCUGAUACAGGGGAUCGUCGCUGGUGUCGUUUGUAAUUUCGCGACAAAGAUCAAGUACUACUUGAAAGUGGACGACUCGAUGGAUCUGCUGGCGGAGCACGGGAUCGCAGGGAUCGUGGGACUGCUCUUCAACGCGAUGUUCGCCGCAGACUGGGUCAUCGGAAUGGACGGGUCCACGGAACACGACGGCGGGUGGGUCACGAAGAAUUGGAAACAGAUGUACAAACAGAUCGCAUAUAUAGCGGUCGUCACAGCAUACACCGCCGUAGUGACCUCAAUAAUCUGCAUCGUCCUCGAAAGACUCCCCUACAUGCAACUUCGCGUCGAUGAGGAGGCCGAGGCAAGGGGGCUCGACGAGGACCAGAUCGGCGAAUUUGCAUACGACUACGUCGAAGUAAGAAGGGAUUACUACGAGUGGGGGGUCGAUACAGACAACAGGCAUUCUGGGGAAACGCACAGCCACGGCGACGAGGACCGCGAAUCAACAACCACUGGAUCCACGAACUCAGCAGCAAAUAAUAUUCAUGACGUUUUGGAGAAGAACGGUACUUUUUCCAAUCCAAACAAGGCACAAGCAUAA